CGGAGUUGGACCUUUCCCCUUUAAUCUCUCCUCUCGCUCGGCCUGGAACCACGGUUUGUGUUGGAUGUUAUUAGCUUCGGGGCCGCUGCUAUGAACCCGGAUUUGCGCAAAGAGCGGGAGUCGGCUUCUUUCCACACCGAGGCCCUGAUACAUAUUCUAGAUGGAGGGGCCGAGAAAACCCGGCGCCGCCGGGAGAUUGAAGCCCUCGCGCUCAACGAUCCUGAGCUCCAACACGAAGACCUGAACUUCCUAUCCCGUAGUGAGCGCUAUGAUAUGGCAGUAAAGAAAAGUGCGCUGAUGGUGAGGAAGAUUCGGGAGCAUGCCAUCUCGAACCCAGAGGAAAUCAUGUGGUUUAAGAGCUAUGUGCACCGUGGACGGCCAGGGCCCCUGGAUCUCCACCUGGGUAUGUUCUUGCCCACCAUCCUCAACCAGGCUACUCCUGAACAGCAAGAUCGCUUCUUCAUGCCAGCUUGGAACCUGCAGAUCAUUGGCACCUAUGCCCAGACUGAGAUGGGACAUGGCUCAUUCAUCCGAGGCUUGGAGACGACUGCAACCUAUGACCCAUCAACUCAAGAGUUUGUGCUGAACAGCCCAACUGUGACCUCCAUCAAAUGGUGGCCUGGAGGAUUGGGGAAGACCUCAAACCAUGCUAUCGUCCUUGCUCAGCUCUACACCCAGGGUCAGUGCAAAGGUCUGCAUGCUUUCAUUGUGCCAAUCCGCAAGAUGGGUACCCAUGAACCUCUACCUGGUGUAGUGGUCGGUGAUAUUGGACCGAAGUUUGGAUAUGAUGAGGUGGAUAAUGGUUACCUGAAGCUGGAGAAUGUCCGUGUUCCACGUGAGAACAUGCUGAUGAGAUAUGCAAAGGUGAUGCCAGAUGGGACAUACAUGAAGCCUCCCAGUGACAAGCUGACCUACGGCACGAUGGUCUUUAUACGCUCAAUGAUUGUGGGAGACUCGGCACAUGCAUUGUCUCAAGCGUGCACCAUCGCCAUCCGCUACAGUGCAGUCCGACACCAGUCAGAGCUGAAACCUGGUGAUCCAGAACCCCAGAUACUGGAUUACCAGACUCAACAGUACAAGCUCUUUCCCUUACUGGUGACGGCUUAUGCCUUCCGGUUUGUAGGAAGCUUCAUGAGGGAGAUGUACCAUCGCAUUACCGGGGACAUGAAUGAUGGAGACUACAGCCAGUUACCUGAGCUCCAUGCCCUGUCUGCUGGACUGAAGGCCUUCACCACUUGGGUGGCCAGUGCCGGAAUUGAGGAAUGUCGAAUGGCGUGUGGUGGUCAUGGGUACUCACGGUCCAGUGGUCUCCCAGAUAUUUAUGUCACAUUCUCGCCUAGCUGCACGUACGAAGGAGAGAACACUGUGAUGAUGCUGCAGACAGCCAGAUACCUGUUCAAGAGUUAUACACAGGCCAAGUCUGGUCAGAAGCUUUCGGGCACAGUCUCGUAUCUGAACAACCUGUGCAGCCACAUCCAGCCCCAGCAGGUGGCCAGUCGACCCAUAGUGAUGAACAUUAAUGACAUCAGCAGGCUAGUGGAAGCAUACCAACUGCGAGCAGCCAGCCUAGUUGAGGCAGCUGCACGGAAUUAUCGGAUGGAGCUGGGACGCAGGAAGAACAAGGAGGAGGCCUGGAACAGCACCUCUAUUGACCUGGUUAGAGCUUCGGGGGCUCACUGCCACUACGUGGUGGUGAAGCUGUUUGCGGCCAAGCUGUCUGAGAUCACAGAUGCCGCGAUCCAUGAUGUCCUCAACACUCUGUGCCUGAUGUACGCGCUGUAUGGAAUUAGCAAGAACUCCGGAGACUUUCUGCACGCCGGGAUCCUGAGUGACCUGCAGAUUUCCCAGGUUCAUCAGCGUGUGAAGGAGCUGCUCGCUGUGAUCCGACCCAAUGCUGUCCCUCUAGUAGACGCCUUUGAUUACCCUGACGCUGUCCUGGCAUCUGUGCUUGGGCGUUACGAUGGGAAUGUUUAUGAACACAUGUUUGAAUGGGCUAAGAAAUCACCUCUAAAUAAAACUGAGGUUCACAAAUCAUUCUACAAGUAUCUGAAGCCUCUUCAGUCCAAACUGUGAGGCUGUGCUCUCCAUAAAAUUGAACCCAGCUGCAGAUAAAACUCUAAACCUUUAAUUUUGAUCCUUAGCAUCUUUGACUCCUCCGUUUCGGUUCCCAAAUGGUGGUCCCACUGGAAUUGCAUUCCUUUUCAACAGUCUCCAGGUUGGGUACUUUUCCUGCUAUUACGAUAAUUUUUUUGUCCUCUCCCUUGUACUCUGUACUGGUACGGUUCUGUAGUUUGACUUCAGAAUUGGAGUUGCAAAUUUCACAUUUCACAUCCACCACCUCCCAUUGAGCAUAGCAGUACACUUGUGGGGCUGCAUUGGCUGUGACACAGCAGAGCCUGAUGGGAAUUGCCUUCAGUUUCAGUUCCUGACAAAAGCUUCCAGGCUGAUGUGCCGCCUCCCAUCAGUUCUCCCGUUUCCCCAAAGUUUUGCAGCAGAUCAGAUAGCGUUGGGAACCAGAAAGAGGGUUAUAGAUCAAAGAAAACCUAACUCUUUCCCCUAUGGGGCAGAUUUGUACCACUUUUAUUUUAAUAUUUGCACUUUGUUUUGCACACUGGUCACGACUAGUUGUGCUCCAGCUCUAGGGUACUGUUAAUCCACGUUAAUAAAUCAGAGGUAUAAAGGUCACUGCCAAUUUGGAAGCAGAAACAUUCAAGGCAAAUGGUCUCUGAGAGUCUGGGGACGGAGGAAGAGAUCAGAAACUGACUUGUCAUUGGGCUUCGGGCUUCCUUUCAGGGAUGGGGGAUCAUGGUGGAUUCUAAACUGGGCUUUGUGCUGUCGUAGCCAGAUUGUAUGAUCAUUCCCCUACACAUAUGAAGGAUUUUGCUAUGUUGCUGUUUAUCUGUUUAACCCUUAACCAGGUGGUACUCCUGUGUGCUUUUUGCCCUUUUUCUGUUAGUGGGGUAAACAUCCAUUUAUCAAGUCUCCUGGAACUAAGGCUUUCACCAUGUAUCAGAAUUACCUGGAAAAACUCAGCAG